CGUACCCGGUUAAAGUUCCAGGCCAAUCACUGAAACCAGUCGCAGAACUCGCAGCACGAGCAGCACCAUGCCCGUGACGCUGGGGUACUGGGACAUCCGCGGGCUGGCUCACGCCAUCCGCCUGCUCCUGGAAUACACAGACACCAGCUAUGAGGAAAAGAGAUACACCAUGGGGGACGCUCCCGACUAUGACCGAAGCCAGUGGCUGAGUGAGAAAUUCAAGCUGGGCCUGGACUUCCCCAAUCUGCCCUACCUGAUUGACGGCACUCACAAGCUCACCCAGAGCAACGCCAUCCUGCGCUACCUCGGCCGCAAGCACAACCUGUGUGGGGAGACGGAAGAGGAGAAGAUUCGCGUGGACAUUUUGGAGAACCAGGCUAUGGAUGUUUCCAAUCAGCUUGCCGAGGUCUGCUACAGCCCAGACUUUGUGAGUUACCUGCGACCUUCCAGGGCCUCCUUGGGCAGCAUGGCAUUCAGGGCAGGUGCUCACAGCUGUUUUCCACCUCAGGAGAAGCAGAAGCCGGAGUACUUGAAGGGAAUCCCUGACAUGUUGAAGCAAUUCUCACAGUUCCUGGGGGAGAAGCCAUGGUUUGCGGGGGACAAGAUCACUUUUGUGGAUUUCCUCACUUACGAUGUCCUUGACCUGCACCGCGUGUUUGUCCCCAGCUGUCUGGAGGCGUUCCCAAACCUGAAGGCCUUCGUGUCUCGCUUUGAGGACCUGCCAAAGAUCUCUGCUUACAUCAAGUCCAACCGUUUCCUCCCGAGGCCCUUGUACACAAAAGUGGCCACGUGGGGCAACAAGUAGGGCAGGAGAUGGGAGCGGGGAGCCCGGCUCGGCCAGCUGCUGCCUGGGGCCCGAUGGGUGCAUCCCAUCUCCCUGCUCCCCUGGCCCGACCUUCUCUUGCUGUUCUGCUUUCAAUUCCCCUCUCAUCCCCAUGGCUUUGCUGGCCCUCUCCCCUCCUGCCUGGUUCAUGUCCCUUUCAGGUGCCUUAAAGCCUCAUUUCCCUCUCUGAACAGUACCAUGUCCUGCAUUGAGGCUACUCAUUGUCCUGCCCACCCGUGACUGUGACCUGUGGUGUGGUGGCUACCCCAACUCUGCCUGAACCCCAGUAAAGAAGUCUGAAGCACA